CUGGCUGAUAAAGCAUAAUUGCGAUAAUUGCGUUUUAUUUGACACUGCUUUAUUAUUAUUAUUUUUUUUUUAAUAAAGUAUAAAGUGUAAAAUUUUAAUCAGCCUUCUUAACUAUUUGCCAAAUAGAUUUCGUAUCACCGUGGAUUUUUUUGCUGUGUUUCAGCAGGCUCAGUUAGGAUGAACUGAAUGCUUUAGGCUGCCGUCGGACCCUGUCGAUGAAAUAAAUUUCAAUUUAAUUAGUGCAAGGCAACAAGGUGCAAGGUGGGCGCGGGUGGGCGCACCCAACACCUUUUGAAGAAACUCCUUGAAACCUUUUGAGAGAAGAGUUCAAGCCAAGGAGGUUCAAGCAACGUCCCAGCUGGAAUAGCGGGCGGCGGGCUUUGCUGUUUUGUUGACGUUCAGUUCAGUCAAGUUCAGUGUUCAGUUCAGUUCCUCGAAAAUACUGCAAGAAGCCAAAGGCUGCGUAAAUAUGGAGAGUCUGCAGGAAGUUAUUGAUGAAUCGCUGCAAAAAUACAUCCUCCACAUCAGCAGAGUUGUGGGCAAGUUGGACCAGAGUGGUCUUACAGACGAGGAGAAAGGACACUUUCUUGAGAAAUGCCAGGAUGUUAUUGGCGAGUGCUGCACUUUGGAUCUUGAUCACAAACGCAAUUUGGAGCUGUUGAAAGAGGCAGAGAACGUCUUCGCAGAUGAAAGCAACACAAAGACUCCUGACGAGAUUUUUGAAGAGCUGAAAAAACAGAAGAAGAACAAAAAGAAAGAUGAAGCCUUCAAUGAUCAUGAAAUCUACAAGAGUGUCAUUGAAAUCGUCAAGGAGGCCAGGGAGAAAGCUGGUUUGGAUGAAGAGGAGAUGGAUCAGACUGAGGCCGGAGAAGAUGGACUGCUUGUGUCCGAAUUCCAAGUCAGCACUGUCUGUCCCAUCAGCAGGAAGAAAAUGACUGACCCAUACAAAUCGAAGGCGUGCAAACACACUUUUGACAAAGAGUCCAUCCUUGCUCUCUUAAAGAACAAAACAAACAUUAGGUGUCCAAUUGGUGGCUGUGGACACUUGGUUGGCAAAGAAGACUUGGUGAUUGAUUACCAGAUGCGGCGCCACAUCGACCGCUUGGACAGUCAGUAAAGCAACGGAUUUGCGAUGUGACAAAUUUCAAGUGAGCCCUUUUAUGUUUCAUCAAACAAUAAACGAUUCUCUCAAGUGCAAGGGACAAAAACUUGAGAAUUACGUAUUUAUAAGUUAAGAAUCUGCAAAAGUGCGCCUAAAUAAAUUUUAAAAUUUUGA